GCGGGCAUGGCUAAACCGUGCCGUGCCUGAAGAGACGUUGGAAAAUUAAUCCCACUUCCGUGCUCGCUGCUCGGGGGUGGCGCCUCCUAUCCUGUUCUGGUCGUCCUUCAUCCCGCUUUUCUUGGAUUACUCUAUUCCGUUCAUUCUGGCUGGCUGCCUCUGCUGCCACAGGCCUGACGCUCAGACCCCUCGAUGGAAUUCAGCCCAUAUGAUCUCUCUUUCCUUGUAACCUGCUCUAAGCCUGUACACUUGAAAAAUGAUUCUUGGCAUCACUGAUUCGGGAUGAGGUUUUUCGCCUAGGAAAGUGAGGAUUUACUUGGCAUUUGUGAGUCUUUUUCUGCCAGUUACCCCACAGUGCUGGAGACUUCUCCCCUAGCCUUGGCUCUCCACUGGCUUGGGCUGCAGUCGCUGAGGUUUUUUUCAGCUCUUUUGAUUAUCCAGAGUUCAGAGGGAAGAAAUGAGACUGAAACUUCUGCGCCUCCAGACUAGAUCUUUCCAUGCUUUAACAACAAUAUGUCAAUGCCAAAACUUUAAUAAAACUGGAUGUCUGCUAUUAAAGCUGGAUAAUGAAGUUGACAGAACAGCUCAGAGAACAGCAAAGUCUUGGAAUUUUUAUGCUCUGAAAACUGCAUUCCCUUGGUUGACAAGUCGAUGUGUGCAAAUCAAGAAUUGGCAAUUGCUCCAAGGAUAUGUAUCCACUUCAGGAAGAAGUGUUUAUUAUCAGGGUGGGGAGGGGUUUUUUCCCUCCUGGAGAUGCUUGGGUGUGAUGAUGAUGCAAAACUUCAGGCUCAAUACAGAACGUAUCAAAAAGCUCAGAAACACAUCAUCAAGAUUUUAUGCAGUUGUAUCAGCUGGUAAAAUUAUUCCAAAACACAAUAACCAGCCAGUCAAGAGGCCACCAAAGGCACCGAGGACCAAGCAGCCAUCCAGAACCAACCUGCCUCUCUCAGACAUGGAGAAUCUGAUGCAGUGCACAGCCUUUGCAACAGCAGAUGAAUAUCAUCUUGGUAAUCUGUGUCAUGACCUGACUUCACAUGGAUAUGUUGAAAUAACAAGUUUGCCUAGAGAUGCUGCAAAUGUUUUGGUGGUCCGUACUGAGAAAUCUGCAAAAGAAUAUGAUCCUGGCGUGAUUUUUUUCUUCAGGGAAGGGGCUGUUGUGUUUUGGAAUGUGGAAGAGAAAAGUAUGAAGAAUAUCAUGCGAGUGCUAGAACAGCAUGAAAUUCAGCCAUAUGAAGUUGCACUCGUCCACUGGGAGAAUGAAGAAAUGAACUACAGAAUAGGGGAAGGUCAGUCAAAGCUCCAUAAAGGACAAAUCCUUUUAAAUUCUGAGCUGGAUAGUGAUGAGGUUGUUCUGCAGAAAUUUGCCUUUUCAAAUGCUCUUUGUCUUUCUGUAAAGCUGGCUAUUUGGGAAUCGUUAUUGGAUAACUUUGUGGAAUCUAUCCAGUCAAUUCCUGAGAUUCUAAAGUCACGAAGGAAGGUAAAACUCUCUCAUGCAGAUGUGAUGCAGAAAAUUGGAGAACUCUUUGCACUAAGACACCGUAUAAAUCUGAGCUCAGACCUGCUAAUAACACCUGACUUCUACUGGGAUAGAGAAAAACUGGAAGAGCUUUACGACAAGACGUGCCAGUUUCUCAACAUUAAUCGCAGAGUUAAGGUAAUGAAUGAAAAGCUUCAACACUGCAUGGAGCUGACAGAUCUAAUGCGAAAUCACCUGAAUGAAAAGCACGCUCUGCGCCUUGAGUGGAUGAUAGUAAUACUCAUCACCAUAGAGGUUCUGUUUGAACUUGCAAGGGUAGUUUUCUGAUGACAGAAGAAACUCAGGAAGAAAACUGACAAAAUCAUUAAGACCAUACAGCCUGGAAAAUUCCUAUCAUAUCCUUCUGGAAAAGAGUGAAAUCAUGUCUCUUGAUAAAUCUGUAAAUCUACUAAAAUAAAACCCAAAAAAUAAUAAA